UUCCUCUCCUUUCCUUACAUAGUCAUUCUGUUCCUUUCUUCCAUCCUCGUUUAUUUCGUUGAAUCUCUCUCUGCAACUUUCUCUUAUCCUUGUAGAUCCAAAGGGAAUCUUCUUCUCCUCUUCCAUGGCUUCCAAGCGGAUCCUCAAGGAGCUCAAGGACCUCCAGAAAGACCCUCCAACCUCUUGCAUUUGUUAUUUUCUUGUGUUUAUGAACUUCGCAGGUCCUGUAGCAGAAGAUAUGUUUCAUUGGCAAGCAACUAUAAUGGGCCCCCCUGAUAGCCCUUAUGCUGGGGGUGUUUUCCUAGUCACCAUUCAUUUUCCUCCUGAUUAUCCAUUCAAGCCACCCAAGGUCGCAUUUAGGACUAAAGUUUUUCACCCGAAUAUCAACAGCAAUGGUAGUAUUUGUCUCGAUAUCUUAAAGGAGCAGUGGAGCCCUGCUUUGACUAUAUCUAAGGUGUUGCUCUCCAUUUGUUCCCUAUUGACGGAUCCGAACCCAGAUGAUCCCUUGGUGCCUGAAAUUGCUCAUAUGUACAAGACAGACAGGUCCAAGUAUGAGACAACUGCUCGGAGCUGGACUCAGAAGUAUGCAAUGGGCUAGCAUGUUGCCAUGUUGAAAUAAAGCAUUAUAUUAUAGGAAAGAACCUGUUCCUUCCAUUUGCUAAAAGAGUCACAUUAAUGUAUAAUCUAUCUUUUCAUUCCUGCCCUUGACAUAUUGAGGAUAGGUUUCUAUCAGUGAAAUGAAACAAUAGGGGUUUUUAGUUUGUUUGUAUGAAUAUUCUACUGUGAGUGCUGGGAAACAUCUGUAGCUGAUGAUGUUGUUCAGUGUUCCCACUUAUUUAUAAUUCUAUGCUGAUUCUGAGU